GACGGAGAAGAGAGAGGAGAGUAGCAGUUUCCAUCCCGCUCUGGGCGCAACCUCAUCCAUCAAUCCAUGGGAGCAGAGACAUUACCCGUUCCUCUAUAGUGGAGAUCAGUCUGAGUCCAUCUCCUGUGCGUAAAACACCGAGGACAGCCUGGGGUCAAGAAGUGCGCCAGGACGGAUCCGGAGAACCCGGGUCUAUACCGACGGCAGAGGAAGUUUCUGCUCUGCCUGAUUGUUAUCUCCAGAGUGAUUUAGUCAUUUGGUUUGCUUGACUUUUGAUCUCCGUGGUUGGAGAGGAGAUGGGACACCGCCAGACCUGAGGACAUUUCUGGAUUGUGAGUGUACGGUUAGGCUACCGUGGACCGGAGAGAGAGAUGAAGUUCGGUAAGAAGAGCGUCUGUGUAUUGAACGUGGGGGGUACCCGGUACGCAUUCCCUGGCGAGGUGAUCCGUGAUUUCCCACUUCAGCGCGUGAGCCGCCUGCACGCCUGUGUCACGGAGAAGGAAGUCCUCGAGGUCUGCGACGACUACGACCAGGAUAGCAAUGAAUUCUUCUUCGACCGGCACGCGCAAGCCUUUGUCUUCAUUAUGCUCUACUUGCGCUCCGGAAAGCUCCGAUUCGUCCCGGGAGUGUGCGCGCUCUCCUUUUACAGCGAAAUGCUGUACUGGGGGCUUGGGAGCGCGCAUCUGGAGUUCUGUUGCCAGCGGAGACUAGACGACACCGGUUACUCCGAAGAGGACCUGAUUAUGCGCGCAGAGGACAACGAGUCCCGGAGCGAGGUGGUGGUGGAGAAAGGAUCAGGGUGGCUAGAGUGGAUGCGUCGGACCUUCGAGGAACCGGGGUCAUCGGUGGCGGCUCAACUCCUCGCUUUGCUGUCCGUCAUUUUCGUCAUCGUCUCCAUGGUGAUGCUGUGUAUGAGCACGCUGCCAGAUUGGAACACGGCAAAACACAACACAGUGGAAGAGCACAGGAUUGUGGAGGCGGUGUGUAUCGGUUGGUUCACAGCGGAGUGUGUGGUGCGUUUCCUCGUGGCUAAGGACAAGCUGGUCUUCCUGUGUCGGCCGCUGAACCUGAUUGACGUGGCGGCCAUCACACCUUACUACGUUUCCAUGGUGAUGCCAGGCGGAGCAGGGGGAUUGUCAGGCGUCGCCGGGGUAACCCUGAGGGUUCUGAGGAUGAUGCGUGUGUUCUGGCUGGUGAAGCUGGCCAGACACUUCCUGGGACUGCAGACUCUGGGGAUGACGCUACGCCGCUGUCGUCACGAGAUGGCCACCCUCGCCAUUUUCCUUACCGUUGCCACGGCAAUAUACAGCGCAUUGGCUCAGCUGCUGGAGCAUGGCCUCGACCCUGACCACCGUAACCUUGACGACCACAGUAACAGAGGAGGAGACUAUGCCAGCAUCCCAGCUGCCGCAUGGUGGGCUGUCAUCUCCAUGACGACCGUUGGUUACGGUGACGUUUACCCGGUAACUGUUGGUGGGCGCAUGCUGGGCGGGCUGUGUGUGGUCAGUGGCAUCGUUCUUCUGGCAUUGCCAAUCACCUUCAUCUACCACAGCUUUGUUCAGUGUUACAAUGAACUGAAGCUUCGCUCCGCUAGGUACACACACACACACACACACUGAAUAUACAGACAGACAGACAGACAGACAGACAGACAGACAGACAGACAGACAGACAGACAGACAGACAGACGGACACACACACACACACACACACACACACACACACACACACACACACACACACACACACACACACACACACACACACACACACACACACACACACACACACACACACACACACACACACACACACACACACACACACACACACACACACAUACCCUCUCAUAUUUUACAGCUUUGCCCAGCUGCCUAGUUGAACUGACCCCUUCGGCCCCUCCCCCUGAACAUGGAACUUUAAUGAACUAAUAGACUUUUGGACGUACCUCGUGUCUCCACCAAUCCUGUGCCGCCAUCUGGAAGCAGGGCAGAUGACUGAAGACACACAAAGACCAUAAGUCCAUAUUUGCAUCAUAUCUCCAUGGAAACUACUUUCGCAGAGACAGCUUUUCCCAUUUGUGUAGGUUUCAGUCUGAAAUAAAAAAAGAGAGAGACAAAGAGAGGAUGAGAUAGCCUGACAGAGAUGAAAGAAACAGACAAAGACAGUCGGCAUGAGCUCAGCAUAAAAGAUCAACAGAGACUGUGUGCGUGUUUGUGUGUGUGAAUGCAUGUGUGAAUUUCUAUUGAUUUUCUCUUAGCAAACUACAAAGUGACAAAUUAUGUGUUUCUGGUCUCUAUGGGCAACAGGUUCCUCACCUAGUUCAGUUACUAUAUGACUGUCAAUCAUAGCUGUGACGCUACUGCUCGCACACACACACACACACACACACACACACACA